AUGGGAACAGGGAAUGGGACCACUGUCCAAGAAUUCACCUUGGAGGGUUUCCCUGCUGUCCAACAUCUGGGAAAGGUCCUCUUCCUGGUGCACCUGCUGGCAUACCUGGCAUCCAUUACAGGCAAUGCAGUCAUCAUCACCAUCACCUGUGCUGACUCCCGACUCCAGACACCUAUGUACUUCUUUCUCAGCAUUUUCUCCUUCUGUGAGUGUUGCUUCACAAGUACUGUUAUUCCUAAAUUACUGGUCAUCUUUCUCUUAGGCAGGCAAACUAUUUCCUUUGUUGCCUGUUUUAUACAAGGCUUUGUUGUACUAUUCCUGGGAGCAGCAGGUUUCCUGCUCAUGGCAGUGAUGUCUCUGGAUCGGUACAUGGCCAUUUGCAAGCCUUUGCAUUACCCAACCAUCAUGAACUUGAAAAAUUGCAUCCUCCUGGUCAUUGCUUGCUUUGUAUUAGGUUUCACUCUCAUCACUGGUGUGGUGGUGAAGGUUUCCCAGUUAUCCUUCUGUGGCCCGAAUGUCAUCCCUCAUUUCUUCUGUGACUUUGGCCCCCUGAUCCAUCUCUCCUGUUCUGACACCAGGUCUGUUGAAAUUUGGGCCUUUGUCCUUGCCUUGUGUGUCAUUUUGACAUCCCUCGUUAUAACCGUCACUGCAUAUAGCAAGAUAAUAGUCACAAUCCUUCAUCUCCCAUCAGCCAAGGAGCGACAGAAAGCUUUCUCCACCUGCUCUUCUCACCUCAUUGUCCUCUCUCUGAUGUAUGGCAGCUGCGUCUUUAUAUAUGUGAAGCCAAAGCAAAUGAGCAGGUUGGAAUCCAACAGGGAGGCUGCCCUUGUGAACACAGUGGUGACCCCACUGCUGAACCCUGUCAUCUACACUCUGCGGAACAAGCAGGUCCACCAGGCUCUGAGGGAGACAAUGUGCCGAAUUAAAAUAUCAAGAUAA